UGCAAGUGCCAGCAUUUUGGUAAAGACGGUGAGAAAUACUGUUGUUGAAGAGGAAGGUGUUGCUCUCGCUGCCACACCAUGUCUUUGGUCACGACUUCAAUAAGGGUAAAUGUAAUCUUAAGUGUUUAUUUAUCCCUUUCAUUCAUCAUUUAUAUGCAUUUAGAAUUGUUUUCUUCAUGUAAAACUAUAAUUGCAAAACUGUAAAAGCAUGUUUUGUGUUAACAUUUUUGGCUUUCUUGAAUGGAUUAAUUGGAUUUACAUGAUUUCUUACAGGAAAAAUUCAUUUGGUUAGUGUCUGUUUUGGUUAGAGUCACACUUUCUAGAGAGGAUACAUGAUGCUAACCAAGGUUUCACUGUAUUUUAUGCAGUUAUGGUGAAUUUUGUGGGAAAAAAGGCCUAAAGAGUUUAAAAUAUAGAUAUUUUUAAACAAAAAUCCGCAAAUGUGUGGGAGUCCACUGUAGUUAGUUUUGCUGUGAGGGUAGUAUUUCUCACUGUCGCCAGCCAUUUGUUUUGUUGACGUUGCCUGCAGCGCGUUGAGGAGGGCUCCUCCGAGUGGGAUAUUUCCCUCUUCCCACGAAUGCAGCACGUCCAGUCUUUCCUGGUGUGAUUCUUCCAAGUCUGUCUUCUAAAUUAAAAAAAAAAACAAACCUUUGCGCGUUUGGACCGGUACAGCCAGUCGGCCCGGUCCGAGUGAGUGCGCGUGCUGUAAUGCAUUGAAAUAUUGCAAGCCUGUGGACACAUGACAGCCUGCGGGCACAGAGUGUGCGUCCUUGUGAAUAAGAAGGUGUGGCGCCUUCUGUUAGAAUCAUUGCCACAUGUUACCUCUGCCAAGGACUUAAAAUUUGUGUACUUCCUGUCUGUUACAGCCCGCUAAAGACUCUGUGUUUCAUGUUUUCCGGAGAAGGCCCCGCCCACUGUGGUGACGUUAUUGCCAGCCUGGACUCAAUUCACACGUGGAUUAAAAAUAUGCGCCCGCUCACACGGCGCUUGCACCGAGUUGCGUUGGCGUUAGCCCGGGCUUACGCCACGCUGGUGUGUCGUCAGGUGUGCCUUUUGAUUUCCACACCUGGGAGCCGCCAAUCAAACAUCCAUGAAAGGAAGCAGUGAGAGAUCUGAGAUUUUAACGGUCCAGCGGAGGUUUUAAUGGUGCGCUCCAGCCUGAAAGUGUAAACAAGCUUCAGAUUUUCCUUCCCGUGAGGAUGUCCUGUCAUUGGCGCUAACAAGCAUUGUUAUUUGUCUCCAUGGCUGUGGAUUGUGUGACUGAUUACAUCACGAGCCCAUUGUGCGCAGGGGGGGCUUGAAUAUCAAGCCAGGCAGGCCCAUGAGUGACGCUCAUUUGAGCCGAGGGCCUGUCGUCUUGAAUAGAGGGGGCGGAAUGGGAUCUGUUGUCUGUGCCUGGGUGUGAAUCUCAGCAUGCGUCAUGAUAUGAUUAUUUGAAAGAGACACUUUAUUGUUGUUGUUUACCUCAGGGGCCACCGUCCCGUUCCCAGUGUUUCCCGUAUGAACUACCUGUAAUAACUGUUGGCCCUCGCUCAUUAACACAUGGAGCUUGUCCUUCCAACCCGGUCCAAUAGAUGGCAUCAUAACGCUGCUCCUUAACACCCCUUGUACGCCCCUGCUCUGUCAGAGAAUAAGAAGAUGUAGCAUGAGGGGUCAAUGUUGCCAAUUAAGUGACUUUGUGACCGGUCUAGAAUCUAGAUACUCUUUUUCAAAAAAGCGAAUGAGGACAAAUCUAGUGAAGAGUCUUUUGGGGACUCUGACAGGAAAGCAGGUACAGUAAUCCCUCCUUUGUAGGAUUCCUUAUUUAGAAAUUUAAUAUUUUUGUAGUUAGAGCAUAGAAAACCUGUUUACGACCAGUUUUUAACAUUAUUAGAGCCCUCUGGACAAGAAUUAACAUCACUAUAGUCACUUGUACACUCAUAUUACCCAAUAUUGUCAACGUAAUAAGAGAAAAUAAGACAUACAAGACAUAAUAUAUACUCGUAGACACAUGAGUUCCUUGUUGUUGUUCUUUUUUUACCUCCUGUUUCCGUACAGUACUUUCUGUUGUGGCUAUUGUCUCAUCACCUAGUGACCAGUGUAGAAUACGACAUAUCAUCAAAACGUCUUUGAAUACGUCAUGUGAAUGCCUUACAUUUGUAUCUUACUUCAUUUAGCCAUUUUUAACGCUUGUAAAUGUGAUGCGUCACGUAGGCCAAAAAUAUGUCAAAUUUGCUUAAAUAUGCUUCUUUUUUUUUUUUUACUAAUAAUAGGACGCAUUCAACCAUGAAUAUAUUUUUGAAUCACCAUGAUAGAGUGAAGCUGCAAAAUUGAAUGCGCAAAGUGGCGAGGGAUUACUGUAUUGCUCUUCUCAACGAGCAGCGGGCGCUGCCCGUCCCCCAUCUAAAAAGCACGCACUGCUGCUCAGUUUUGUGUGUGAGAUUUUUAAAAAACGGCAAAAAGAAGUGACACAAAAAAGCUCAUUUGUAGUAUGAAUGGAUGGAAUAUAUUUAUUCACAUUACCAGAUCUUUAACCCACUUUUUCUUCAUGUUUUUGUGUUUUUGUUUUUAUUCAUGGAGUUAUUGAAAUAUAAGAAGUUACAUGUUACAGCAGGUGAUCAGCUCAGCCACAAGCAAGUUGUUUGGCUGGCGACUCGCCUGCCUCAGCUUGGAUAGGCUCCAGAAUGGAUCGAAGAAAACAAAAAGAAUAACAGCAAAAAUAGAAAAAACAGCAGUAAUUUUACAAGUCAAAUAUUAAGAGAAUAAAGUUUCAGUCUAAGGAGAAGUAACGUAAUAAUAUUAAGAAUCGAAAUAACAUAAUUUUAGUAGCAUAAAGUUUAAGUAUUAAAGAAAAAGGUGUUACUAUGUAAAAGUCGUAAUAUUAUGAGAAACAAAACAGCAAAUAAAGUUGUAAUUUUUGGAAACUUUUCUGAAAAAAGUUAUAAUGUUACGAGAAUAAAGUCAAAAUAUUAUGGGAAUAAUUUCAUAAUUACGAAAAGAACAUUUGCAAAAAGAACAUUUUAAAUAGUUUGAAAUGUAAAAACUAAAACAACAGCAGAAAUGGAAAAAACAGCUGUCCUUUUCCUGAGAAAUAUUAAGAGACAUAAGUCUCUUAAAAAACGAAAAAGGUAGAUCAGGUUGUUUGUAAGAAGAUGACGUUAAAAGUCUCAUCAAACUAUGUACAUAUUUAAAUGUAUUAAUCUCUGAAUACUUUGACUAUUAAAGAGACUAGUGUUAGAUAAACAGAUUUGUAGACUUGUGUGGUAUCUUUUAGCUUGAUUGACAUAUUCAGUUCAUUUGGAGCUGUUAAUACAUACAAAUGUAUUCCACUUUUUUUGGAAUUUUGCACAUCCUCCAUAAUCCUUAUGUCAGACAUGUGUGUUCUAAAGAUCCAGAAACAGGUAAAAAGACCAAAGUAAGAAUGCAGGUAAUGGGAUGCAACUAUUCCGCCUAUAAAGCUUUUUCCAUUUACAUAAUGUGACCUGCAUAUUAACCAAGCUACAGCAACAUUGUUAUUAUUAUUGCUAUUAUUAUUAACAUUGUUACGCCCAAGAACUACUUUACUGUCGUAGUGACACCUCGCCAUAUCACACCAGCUAGCUGCUAGCCGGCUAGCAACUAGCUUCACCACACAUUCGCUCACAACGCAUCAGGCCACCACCGAAAGGUAACGCUAUAUAUUGGAAUUGCCACCACUGCUGCUGUGCUUUUGUUUUGGAGUUUGGAAACGUUAACACUAGGUGACUAUCAAUGCGCCAUGGAAGGAAGUUCCACUAAUGCUUAAACUACCAAAAUACGUCAAAAUGCUGUAAGUAUUACAUGUUAUGAUGAAUGUGCUUGUUACUACAGUACACGGUCACAGCACGGAUAUAUAAGCAUAAAACCUUGUGGGAGGUUUUUGGAGGUCUUUUAAUAGUGGGCUAUAUACUGUAGGCACGAUAGGUGAGUCCCAUUAUAUACUCAUUUUCGGGCCUUUGUAUUGAGUUGUGGACUCCUAUAGAGCAGCUACACACGAUAACUCGCACAGAGAGCUUUCUAGAUCUUCCAGACUCUGCACCUCUUCCUACAGUGUUUCCUUGGGUUUCCUGCCUCCCGCCUAAACAGCCUGUGUAAUUUACGCCACCCCUGGCCCUCCUCCAGGUACGCUUCCCGCCAAGCCCAGUCCGCUGUGGUUGGUCACACUCCCUAGCGCUCCAGAGGACUUCGGGACAGCUGCCGAACUCCUUUUGUUUGAUUACUUACACAAAAUAAACACAGUUAGGACACUGAUCAAUUGUUACUUACAGCUUGCUCUUCUGACUCUUCAACACGACCAAGUAACGUUGGAAAGGUGUUGGACUUCAGCAACAGUUUGGCUGAAGUCCAGCAUAUUUUUCUCUUGCUGGCCAGGAAUCAGCAACUCCAACAACUUCUGCCUGAUGCUUGCCUCUUCAGGCACACCCGAACCAACAUUUCCUGGGAGCUGCACUUGCUCACACGGUGAACAGAGCAGAGCGAAGCAGAGCGGGGAGAGGUCAGGCCUACAGCGUUUAGCAUAUCAGGAAGUCCGGGUUGCGUUGACAUCAGUGAAACUUGGUGUUAAAAAAAAAAACAGCGUGCAGAACCAUCCAAAACUGCUUUCAGGGCUCACUUCCAAAUGUGCAAACCUCGUUAUCUGACGCGUUGGCAUCAUUUAACACAAGAAUACAGCAUUGUAACAACAUUUAGAGGUCAGAAAAGAGGAAAAGCAUAAUAGGUCCCCUUUAAAUACAGAAAUUGCCUACUCAAAAUGGGGCGCCCCAUGCGCAUAUGGCGCUUACCCACUGUUGGAAAAAUGAGUCACUGAGAAUUGCAGUCUCAAUUCUAAGCCAGAAAAUUCUAUUUUUCAAACAAGUCUCUAUUCAUGAGCGUUGAGGCUUUCUUAGUCGAAAUAGUUGUGCUGUGUGAUGACAGGCUCUUGCAGGUCUUUCAGGUCCUGACCCGCUGGGUCUGUUGGCAUUUGAGGCUGUUUAAUAAUCAAUGAGGUUUAAUGAAGGCGGCUCUGGAGCCAAUCAGGGCCCGGGAGGGGGGCGGUGCCUGCGGGAGGCCGGGAGAGAGGGAUCGGCGGGGUGCGUUUGAUGAGCGAGGGAGCUAAACAUAGACUGUCUGCUGAAGGGAGGAAGCCUGCUUCAGCGCACGGCUACGCUUUACGACUCGGACCUGAUUGCUUGUUUGCCAUGCACAUCUUGCAACCUCGCUGUGUCACCAGGUGGCUCAAUGGCCCGAAGAGGAAGAGGAAGAACAGCCAAUGUUCGGUGAAGAGCAUGACGGGGUACAUCCCCAGCUAUCUGGAGAAGGAUGAGCCAUGCGUGGUGUGUGGCGACAAGGCCACAGGUUACCACUACCGCUGCAUUACCUGUGAGGGCUGCAAGGGUUUCUUCCGUAGAACCAUCCAGAAGAACCUGCACCCCAGCUACUCGUGCAAGUAUGAAGGCUGCUGCAUCAUCGACAAGAUCACGCGCAACCAGUGUCAGCUGUGUCGCUUCAAGAAGUGCAUCGCCGUGGGCAUGGCCAUGGACCUGGUGCUGGACGACUCCAAGAGGGUCGCCAAGCGGCGUCUCAUCGAGGAGAACCGGGAGCGCCGCAAGAAGGAGGAAAUGGUGAAGACGCUCCAGAACCGUCCUGAGCCCACCGGGUCGGAGUGGGAGGUGAUCCACAUGGUGACGGAGGCCCACCGGCACACCAACGCUCAGGGUUCCCAGUGGAAACAGAAGCGCAAAUUCCUGCCCGACAAGAUCGGCCAGUCGCCGGUGGCGCCCACGUCAGACGGAGACAAGGUGGACCUGGAGGCCUUCAGCGAAUUCACCAAGAUCAUCACUCCCGCCAUCACGCGCGUGGUCGACUUUGCCAAAAAGCUGCCCAUGUUCUCAGAGCUGCCCUGCGAGGACCAGAUCAUCCUGCUGAAAGGCUGCUGCAUGGAGAUCAUGUCGCUGCGGGCGGCCAUGCGCUACGACCCCGAGAGCGAGACGCUGACACUGAGCGGCGAGAUGGCGGUGAAGCGUGAGCAGCUCAAGAACGGCGGGCUGGGCGUGGUGUCGGACGCCAUCUUUGAUCUGGGCAAGAGCCUGGCACAGUUCAACCUGGACGACACGGAGGUGGCGCUGUUGCAGGCCGUGCUGCUCAUGAGCUCAGACCGCUCAGGCCUGACGUGCGUGGACAAGAUUGAGAAGUGCCAGGAGACGUACCUGCUGGCGUUCGAGCACUACAUCAACUACCGCAAGCACAACAUUCCCCACUUCUGGCCCAAGCUGCUGAUGAAGGUGACGGACCUGCGCAUGAUCGGCGCCUGCCAUGCCAGCCGCUUCCUGCACAUGAAGGUGGAGUGUCCCAACGAGCUCUUCCCUCCGCUCUUCUUGGAGGUCUUUGAGGACCAGGACGUGUGACGGACGCCGCCGGGGAAGCGGGAGACGGGAAGAAGGUCUGUAAUCGGACGGACGGACAGACGGGAGGGCGGGAAUUCUCCGACUUUGUACAGCACGCCUUGCAAAAACUGGAAAGGACUCACCAGCAGGAAGAGGAGCGGAUUCUCCUCUGGCGUGUGGGGGCCCUUCUGUCUGAGCAUGCUGUCUUACUUGCCAUUUGCCAACACACACACACACACACACACACACACACAGCAGCGGCCGCCUGCAGCUCCUCUCAGUAUUAUUGUCCGCCUGCAGCCUCACAAUCAGCAGGUGCUCUGGGUGUCACUUUGGUCACCCCGAUCAGAACGGACUGACCCAACACGGAUUCCUCAAGUCAAUCUGAGCCGUUCCAGUCCAUCCCGUGUGAUGCCGGUGCUAUCUUUCUAGCAGACUACUCCAUUUCAUUUUUUUUUUUUUUUUGCUCCAUUGCUACCUUUUUUCGUCAUCGGACCGGCUCCUGUGACACACACACACACACACACACACACACACGAGCAGACUUGCCUUAUCAUUGUGCCCUCGUGAAUGAUAAUGAAGCCCCUGUCUCUGAGGGGGUGGGGCACAGCGUUGAAGUAAAGACAGGAAAAGGGCGGAGGUUUACAGGAUUUAAGUGGGACUGCAGCUCUGUAGAGUUCAGCCUUAAAUCGUUCGUGUCCUCAAGAAGUGAGUCUUUGAGUAGUAAGGCAAUGAAGCUCGCACGCACACACACACACACGCGCGCGCGCGAACACACACACACACACACACACUCACACACACACAGCAUCACCUCAGCAAACGUGUAUGCCUCAUUUGCCGCCUGCCUGCCUGCUGCAGUGCAAUGGUGGCAUUAUUUUUUCUUGUUUGAUUUGUUUUUGUUAUUAUUUUUGGCCCUGACCUGCGGGGGCCUUUACUGAGCCCCUCCUCACAGGCUCAGCUCAGUGCUGCCCCCUCCAGGCUUCCAUACACAUCUGCCUUUUCUUGUUUUUCGUGUUGUUUUUCGUACGAACCGCGGGCAUCACUGAGAGCAGGCCAAUGCCGAGAAGGCUACCAUUUACCUCAAAGUGGACACACCCCCACUGCCCCCCGUGGUUCUGGGCACUACCUCACCUAUGUGGACACACACACACACACACACACACACACACACACACCAUCAGUGCUAUUGAAAAGAAAUACCACUGAAGAAGACAGGAGGGCCCGCCAUCUUGGUGGAAGGUUCUAUCAUGUUUUAUACGGGACCAAGAGUUAUCUUUAGAGAUUUGGACACCACCCCCGCCCCCAAACACACGCACACACACCCUUAAAAAAAGGACAGUUUGGAUGUGAAAAUGCUCCUCAUGCAUGAGCUUACGUGGAAAAGGUCAGCUGUCCUUGUGGGAGGUUCCUCCGAAGCGUCCCGGGGGUAGGGGGCGGGUGCACGAGACGUGGACAGAUGGAACAAUGUCAGUGCUGCAUCCUAGAAGGUUCCACCCCACCCCCAAUGAGGUCCAAACGGUGCUGGCUGCUGGGUGGAAGGCAAGACAAGACCUGGACGACCAUCAUCAUCAGGCCGGCAACCUUCUCCCCAGGCCCCAACUGGAGCCUAGCUCCAUCUCAUUUUGCACCCCACCACCUUCAGGACACGCCCACCCAGCCAGGCUGGUGGGAGUUUUUGCACUACUGCAGCACCCCUACCCCCCACACCCCCAUGAUCCACUUCCUGGGUAGCAGAAGCUUCUGUGUGACAGAGGCAGCCCCUGUGACAUCAUGACACCAAUCACAAGGGAGGGGGCGGGGCUUGUGUGGUGGAGGAAGCAGGAAGUAGACCCCCCCCCUCCUUGUCAGACAAGGCGGCCAUGAUGGUCUGCAACCCCCUUUCUAGGACGACCACCUUCUAAAUGAAAGCAAAACAAGGAUCCAGGAUGCUGAGAUGCAGGAUUGGAAUUCUAUGUUCAAGUGUGUGCGUGUGUGUGUGUGUGUGUGCGUGCGUGUGUGUGUGUGUGUGUGCGUGCGUGUGUCUUGCUGCGUUAGCAGAAGUAGAGUUAAGAAAGAGAGAAUAUAAAAGAAAUGAUUAUAAAUCCUCAAAGAAAAAGGAGAUGACUUUAAAAAGACUCCUCAACUUAGCUUUUCAUUUUUCCUGUUGGGGAGGGAUGGGGGCAGGUGGGGCGCCUCAUGUCAAAGAAAGGAACGAGCUGUCGUCACUUUCGGACCAUGCGUGCAGUGUAACGUCCCUCGCCGCCAUCUUGUCUGUGUGUGUGCGUGUGCGUGCGUGCGCGUGUGAGUGAGUGUGUGUCAUACGACGCACCCCCGAGCCGCCCAGCCCCCCAUUUUAUCAGGAGCAAUUUACAAGCAAAACAAGAAAUUACCUUUUUUUAAAUGUUGUUUUGUUGUUUUUUUUAAAUAAUACGUCUUUGGAGAAAAGAGGAGAAAAAUGAAACAAAAAAAAACUGAAACACAAUCUCGUCAUACCUCACAACAAAAAGGAUCUGGUGGGAGGAGCCUAAUUUAGUUGCAGGCACAUGUCAACCUUCUAGGAGAUGUUCAACAACACGUGUGCGCACGCUACUACGCUCUAGCGCCCCCUAGCCCAAGUGGUGGUGGGAGGGGAGAUUACGGGCCUGGGGGGCGGGGGCUUCUGUAGCGGCUGAUCGUUUCUGGUAUUGAAUGUAGCUGACAGGAGGGGGCCGGACCCGAGCCCGCCGCCACCGCCGCCGCCCAAAACUUCCACGCACCAGCAGAGCGAACGGAAUGCAACACACACACGCCCGCGCUCUUUAUGUGUGUGUGUGUGUGUGUGUUGUCACGUCAACAAUCCGUCCAACACUGACACCACCACUUGGCCCCGCCCCCUCCUCCUCUCUGGCCCCACCCUCCUCCUUUCCUGCUCCCUUCUGCAGGCUUCAUGUGUGUGUGUGUGUGUGUGUGUGUGUGUGUGUGUGUGUGUGGUUGUCUGCAUACGCACAGCGUCUAUGCAAUUUCCCUCGAAAGUGGAACAUCACCUUUUGAGAGGAUCUUUGUGUAACCUUGGGGUUGUAAAACUGCAUGUGUGUGUGUGUGUGUGUGUGUGUGUGUGUGUGUGCUGGUGCUCUCAUCGCUCGGUGGGCGAAUUCCAUUUAAAAAAAAAAAAAAAAAGUCUUCAAAAGAUUUAGGCCCCGCCCCCUAAAUUGCACCCGUGUGAAGCUUUAAUGUUUUCUACCCGGCGACCAAGUCAAUGUAAAGAGUGAUUGGCAAUCACAGACCUUUUAUUGGAAGCGACAUCACAAACGAAAGCACUUAAACUAAAAAGCACUUUGGAUGUCGCACGCUGACACCCCCCCACCACAAGAAGGAUUACUGUUAUUAUUAUUGUUAUUAUCAGAACGAGCGUUUCAUUUGAACUUGAAAAGCUUUUGCUCACAGUUACAAAACGUUGCAAGCGAAGUGCAAUAAUUGGCAUUGCGAGUGAAAGCUAACCUGUGUCGGCCCUUCACUUACCUGAUCAGGAAGAAUCAGGGGAUGAUUUCUUCUUAAUGACGUUCGCCCGCCCCCGAGAGCACCGGCAGGCUUAACCUACGGGCGCGCGCACACACACACACACACACACACACACACACACACACACACACACACACACAGCAGUUGUUGUUCAGAAAGCUUAUUGAAGGAUUCUCUCAGGUAAAAGAACAUUUUUUAAUAAAUGAUGAUCAACCUUAGAUGGAAGCCGCUUUCAUCUGUUUUGUUGUUUUGUCUUCUUCUCUGCUCCGUCCUCCUCCAUGUGAUGUUGGGGUGUUUGUCAUUUCUGCAGGGAAAGCAUAUAAAAUAUCAUUUGGUGUAAUCAAUUCAAUUCAUCCUAAUGGGGUCAUUUCUGAGCACCCAUGAAUGCUUUUUUUUUUUAAGUGUUUGCAUAAUACAGUGGAUCCCCGCACGCUCCUUUUUCAGCAUUCACCCGCAAAUCUGCAUUGUUUUUUCUCGAAAAUAGGCCAUCUUUUUGCAAAAACACAUUUCAUUCAGCAUAAGUGGGUAAGACAGUGUUCCAUCGCGCCUCAGCUUUCGCGGACUCGCUGUUUCGUGGAUUUUUUGUGUGUGUGCAAUUUUAGUGCUUUUAUUUUAAUUUAUUUUAUUUUAUUUUUACAGCGUAUGAACGCUGUUACAGGCUGAGCUUGGCCCUUUAAGAAGAAUUGCAUUGUGGGAAGUUUAGUGUUGUAGUUCUGUGCUUCAACGGGAGGUGUCUCCCUAUUCUCUCUCUUCUGUCUGCACCGCCCAUUGUCUUCUGCGUCCUGAUUGGCUGUAGCCCACUGUCAAUCAAUGCUGUCUCCUGUAGUGGUUAUGGCUACCAAACUAGCUAACCGUGCGAGCUGCUUGCGAACUGCCAAUACUGUAAACAAUAGAAGAAACAGAAGAAGCUAAGCUAAUACGACAAUAGGAGCAAUAUGUUUGAACAAGGAUGCAAAAACGCCAAACGGCGCCAGGACGGCGGGGCACGGUCAGAGGAGUGAAAUACAUGUGAGUGGCUUAAUCAUUUCUUGUGCCUGACCUGUGGCUUGACCAUUAAAAUUUAAACGAAUUUUCAACUUUUUCUGAUAGGGGGGUUUUACAGCCUUAAAGCAAACAUCAUAAUUGUAAAAAAAAUCAAGUUGGCUACUUCGCUGAUUUCACUUAUUGCAAGCUAUUUUGGGAACCUAUCCCCCCGCGCUAAACGAGGGAACACUGUAAUUUAUAAGUACAUGAUAAUACAGGUACAAAUGUACCACUGCCAACAUUUUGCGUGGCUACAUUGGCGCUAGCAAGGGUUACAACAGGCUAAAGGCUACACAGUGACUCACAUUCCAUUCCAUCGUUCAUUAGUGGUGAGCAGCUAUACAUUUCGUACUUUAAAAUGCGUUCAUGAAGCGCGUGAGGCAUAAUUUGGGCUAAAACCUGGAAUGUGCAAUGGCAAUUGAAGAGAGAAGCGGAGGGUUCUGGAGCUGAAUCGAGUGUAGUCUUUACAACGGUCAUUGUUACUGCAAAUGUUGAUCCCAACGUCAAUCUAGCGGGAGGGUUUGGAGGGGGACGAGCGAGCCGUGUGUCAAAAGGAGACAAUUUUACGAGCGGAUCAGUUACUUGCGUUUUUUCACCAUUCGUGGGGAUCUACUGUAAUCGCAUUUGGACAAAAAAACAUGUUGAGUUCCUUCCCUUCCCUUUGAUGAUUUUUUAAAAAUGAGGUCCAAGUGUGUCAUUGCUGUGUGCAUGUGCGUGUGUGUGUGUGUGUGUGUGUGUGUGUGUGUGAUCAUGUGACGCCAUGCUUCUUAUCGGCGUGUGCACGCUACUCCCACCCCCCACCUCUCCCGUAGCCUUCAAAGCACCUUUUCAGGCCGUCUCAGGUGUGUGACACUUUGGAGGAAUGUACCUAAUCGUGUGUCCCGUGUGCUCAGGUGCGACAGCUAGCUAGCGAGCUAGAGAGAGCGAGAGAGAGGGGGGGGGAUGCCGGGAAGAGGUGUGAAUUUUUAGCUUUCAAAAACGAGAGCUGUGGCUCCUUCCUUGAGACGCUUGAGAUUUAGAAGAAAAAAAAAAAGCACGUAGGAGAUUGAAGCGAUGUUGCCAAAAGGUUCGGGGAGGGGAAGGGGAAUCGCACAGCGGGACGCUACGUUGUGCAACAGUCACAUGAAAUUACACUUUACUCUCUAUUUACUCUCUAGUUUUAUUACAUUCUAAACAUUAGCAAGUAGUCACAAUUAGUUGAACGCUACCUCUCCCUACUAAUGUUAGAUUAGCAUAGUGCUAACAGUCGCCGCUCGUAUCAGAUAUAUACUAGAAAUAUGAGUGGCUAUGCUCGCUUGGCUCGCCAAAUAGUUUGUUGCAAGGGGGGGGGCUGCCUUUGAAGGUUUAUGAUGUCAUCAUGCUGGAACAUUCACAUAAUGGCCUCCUUUUGGCUGUUUUUGCGGUGGCAUGCAUGGCUAAUACGCUUGGUGCAACUCCUAGAUGGCGGACAGACAGUGCUUUGCUAGCAUUAAGCUAAAGUUGCCCAAAGUGCGGCCUCGGCAUAUUCUGGAAAUGUCAUUUUAUUCAAUAUUCAUGUUCCGCAUUCACUCGUCUAAAAUUCUGCACCAUUUUUCUUCCAUUCCUUAUUAUUGUUCCUCCUUUUUGCCCGUUACCUUCAGUCAUUCAAACAUCAAAAUGUUCGGCUCAUCCAGGAAAGGUGUGCUAAAAUUUCAGAAUUUUCUGCAAUUCCACAGAUUUUUUUUUUUUUUGCCAUUGAAAGCAAAUGGGCAAUUUUGCAAAAUUCCAUAGUUCUCAAUUUUCAGCUCCUUUAGGAGUAUGCACUUACACCGUACAAUGUGGGAGGUGCCUUUGACGAAUCGCUGCUAUUGAGGGUACGCGGUGCAGAUGGCAGUCACGUCUGCAUGCUCGUCUGCGAGUGACGAAGGAUGACAACAAGACAUUCAAGGAAGUGUUGGCAGUGUUUACGUACAGAUGGUCUACUGUUCCCCACCACAUCACGGGGGGUACACAGGCCCGACUCCAUAGUUGGCUGAAAUCAGGGGUGUCCAAAGUGCAGCGCAGGGCAAUUUACGGUCCACGGCUGUUUUUUUGUUGGCCCACGGCACAUUGUAAAAAUAUAAUUUUGCAAGAAAACUGAAAACAUUGAAAAAUCAGCAGUAAUUGUUAAAGAAUGAAGUCAAAAUAUUAAGGGAAAAAAGUUAAAUCUAACAAGAAAAAAUUGUAAGAUUAACGUCGUAAGAUUAAGAGGAAAAAUAACAUCAUUUUAAGAGCAGAAUGUUGAGAUAUUAAAAUAAAAAGUAUAUUUUAAAGUGGCAAUAUGAGAAACAAACAAAACAACAAAGAAAGUUGUCAUUUUUGGAAAAUGAGGUUGGGGAAAAAGUUAAGCAAUAAUUUCUUUACUGUUAUGAAGGAAAGUCAUUUUAGCAGCAUAGACUUGAAAUAUUAAAGAAAAAAUACGGAAGUUUUUUAAAAGUUGUAAUAUUAUGAGAAGGUGAACAAUAUUGGAAAAUUUGGUUGAGAAAAAAGUUAUAUUAUGGGAAUAAAGUCAUAAUUACGAGAACCAAAUUACAAGAAGAAAGUUGAAAUAGUUGGGGGGGGGGAACAGCAGAAAUGCAAAAAACAGUUGUCAUUUUAUGAGAAUAAAGUCCAAAUAUGAAAGUGAAAAAAUAAGAGAAAAUAAGCGUUACUUUUACAACAAUCAAUUCUUGACUGUUAUGAGGCAAAGUAAUUUUAGUAGCAUAGACUUGAAAUACUCAAGUACAAUACUUUAUCAUAAUAAAGUUAAUACUAAUAUAGAGUGGAAAAUUAGGUUGGGAAAAAAGUUAGAACAUUAUGGGAAUAAAGUCAAAAUAUUACGUAGAUUAUUUAAGAAAAAUGUCAAAAUAUUUGUAAAAUGUAACAAAAAAUGGGGGAAAGUUCAUACAAAUAAUAUGUGUUUUUUUACUGCGCCCCCGAGGGGGCAUGGAGAAAAAAUAGGCCAGGUUUUUGCGAGCGUUCCAAAGCUUUUGCAAAAUGACGCAAUACUUUUGCGAGAGCUCGUGAAACUGUUGACAUUAAGAGCAUUGUACUUCCCCGACUUCCGUGUUCAGAGCGGACGCUUGCUUUGAAACUUGAAAUUAAGAGCAGCACAGUGGUUGAGUGUCUGACAGGACAAGCGGUGCGCACAAGUCACGGAAUCCCAUUUAUGGCUAAUCAAUCCUAAUCCAUCCUUCGGAGUAGCAGUACUCAAAAGAGAUGUUUCCAGCAACAUGAGCCACAACCGGAUGUUAGCAUUUUAUUUUCAGAAGACGAGUCAAACGACCGUCACAGCACUGAAAACGUGUUCCUACGGUUCCAGUAUCACUUUUUUCCUCGACAUCGGUCCAGUAAGGGACGCGAAAAUGCUGAAGAUGGAACUUAAAUGAUGCGUUUCCACCCGAUUUUAGCUACUGUAUGUGGAGGCAAGCUCUGACCGGAAGUGUGUUCUGUAGCAUAGUUUUGCGAGAUAAUGCAAAACCUUUGCGAAAUCUCGCAAACGUUUUCACCUGUAUCACAAAGCCGAGAUGCAGUUUUUUCUUUAAAAUCUAAUCCUUUCAUUUUUCACGACGUGGCUCUCGCUGGAGAAAGUUUGAACACCCCUGACGUAAAUGAAUAGGAAAUUCUAGGGUAUUUCAACAUUCAUUCUACAUUUCAACAUUCACAGGCAAUUUCUGCUAUCUAGUUAGACGCUAGCUAGUUUGGUGUUGUCCCGAUAGCUUAGCAUAUAUUGACCGACGUUAGAUUGUUCUAUGCUGACAUGUAGCCACCUAGCAUUGUGACAUAACCAGGAAGUCGAGUGGGCGUGGCUUGGGGGUGGGGGGGGGCGCAGCCAACAGAGAGCACUUAAGUAUGAUUUCUUUCGUUAGCAAAACGGCUGGGAAUAAAAAAAAACAAACAAACUAAGACAGCUACGAAUGUAUGCUUUACUCUAGAGGUUGAAAUAUGCAAAUGUUUGUCAGCUUCACAACUGCUCAGGUUCGAAAGAUCGGCCUCAAAGGGUGCUUUAAGGACCUCGCCCCCCCCGUCCCUGUCCCCGUUCUCGGUCCUGUCCGGUUCUGGUUCCACACCCAGCACACUUACUGUAAAGUCCACAGUCGUAUGCAAAGCCAAACCCAAAUGAAGGGAUCCAAAAACAAAACAUGCUCCACUGUGUAGCAGGUCCAAGCCACCUCACACGACACCAGCAAAGUCUACAUCACCUCUUUGAGACCUCACGUCCACUGGCCAUGUCUUCUUCUUCAUUAUCGCUCUCCAUGUUUACCACCAAGCAAGGACUGGUCUUUUUGUGCUCAUCCCUGGUUGUCCCACUCAGCUUGUACAAAGUGUGCAUGCGUGUUCGUGUGUGUGCGUGCGCGUAAAAAAACAAGAAUAAAAAACGCAAACAUCUCCAACGCGUGUGAAAAGAGUUCCGCCUCAUCGUCUGCACGCGACAAAGCUCUCUGCAGGUCUUUUUGGGACUUUUUAAAAAAAAAUAAAAACUUCAAACACACAAAGCACCUCGCAGAUGAAGACCUCAAGAAGACGGAAGGUGCCAAAGACCACACGUGAAAAACAUGUUACUGGAGACGCCUCACAUCUGGAGUGAAACGGGGGACCGCCGAGUCCAGGAGGUCCUGCUCCUGCACCUUCAGGAAAACAACAUUGAGGUGUCCUCAUGCCAACCUUUCAGGAAGCACACAAACAAGUCCGACAAAAGACAAAGCGCGGGAAUCAGCCGACUAUCUACUGUGAUGUCCUCUCAUACCACCUCCGACACGCUAGACCCCCCACUCUCACCUGCACCUGACCCCAACUCCCCCAAACUUUAGUUGCCCCCACCCCCGAGGGUCAGGUGCGGUGCGUGCGGGUCUGUGUGUGACAAUCAGCGUGUGUGUUUGUAUUCCGUGUUGUGUGUCUUUGGUUUGUCGGUCAGGCUUUUGAGAGGAGAUAUUUUUAUGGUGACUGUGGUCUAUUUGAUGAUCUAUUUAUGUAAUAAACAUGUGACUAAAGUGA